CAGAGACAUGGGGACACCGGUGACACUGGGGAUGGGGUAUGGGGACGUGGGGACACCGGGGACAGGGCACAGGGCUGCACGGGGUGCUGGGGACGGGGGGGACAUGGGGACGUUGGGGACAGCGCUCAGGGACGCAGGGACACUUGGGAUGGCACCUGGGAACCCGCCAGCUGCCAGCCCGUGUCCCAAGGGGACACCGGGGGACACGGGGACCGUCCCCAGGACACUGGGGACAUGGGAGGGCUGGGGGGGGACACCGAACGGUGCCACCCAUGGGUGUCCCCUGGGCACCCCAUCCCCGCUGCUCUGUGCCACCCCCAUGUCCCCAACCCCCUGUGUCACCCCGGUGUCCCCAACCCUACAUGUCACCUCCGUGUCCCCAACGCCCCCCAGCCCACCUCAGGGCAUCGUGACCCACUCGGGGGCCACCACGGGGCAUCUUCGGGAUCCCAGGGGACAUCUUGGGGACACCAUGGGGGAUGCUGGGGACACCAUGGGGGAUCUUGGGGACACCACAGGGGAUGUGGGUGACACCAAGGGCUGGCUUCAGGGCCUUGGGGGACAUCUUGGGGACACCAGGGGGGAUCUGGGGGACACCGUGGGACAUCUUGGGGACACCGAAGGAGGGGUUGGGAGCACCACAAGCCCUCAGGACACCGAGGGGGGGCUUCAGGGCACCAGGGGGGGACAUCUUGGGGACACCACGGGGGGACCUGGGGGCACCAUGGGGGGACUCGGAGGCACCAGAGGCUGGCUUGGGGACACCAGGGGGUGGCUUGGGGACACUACGGGGUGGCUUUGGGGCACCGUGGGGGCGCUUUGGGGCCCCACAAGAUGGCGUCGAGGCCCUCCAAGAUGGCGCCCAGGCCCUCCAAGAUGGCGCCCGGGCCCCGUGGGGUGGCUUUGGGGCGCCGUGAGGGGGUUUUGCGUCCCCACGAGGUGUUUUGGGGGCACUCCGAGGUGUUUUUGGGGCACUCCGAGGUGUUUUGGUGUCCCCACGAGGUGUUUUUAUGGCACCGCGCGCUGCCUCCGGGGCGCCGCGGGACGCUUGUGGGGCGCCAUGGGGCGCUUAUGGGGCGCCGUGGGGCGCUUGUGGGGCGCCGUGGGGCGGCGUUGGGGUCCCCUGGCCACCGCUUGGUCCCUGUCCCUGCUCUUCGGCCUGCCCCAGGUGGGCAUUUUCGGGCAGCGGGAGGUGGGCGCGGGCGAGCGCGAUUGCUGGGCCGCCUUCGCCCAGCCGUGGGGCGCCCGGGCCUACGUGACUUGGGUGGCCCUGGCGGUGCUGGUGGGGCCGGCGGCGCUGCUGGGGGGGCUGCAGGUGGCGGUGGCGCGGGCCGUGGGGUCGGGGAGGAGGAGGGGGCUGCGGAGGGCGCGGGCCAAGAGCCACCGCAUGGCGCUGGUGGUGCUGGGGGUCUACGUGGGGUGCUGGGCCCCCUUCUUCUGCGCCCAGCUCUGGGCGGUGUGGGACCCGCGGGCGCCGGUGGAGG